AUGAAUAAAAGUUAUUAAGAAUGGAUUAAUCCUAAUGUAGAGUGUUGGGUUUGGCUCAAAUAUGAAAAUUCUUAGCAAAAUUAAAACAAUUCUGAAAAUGGAUAAUAUUUCUAGUGCGUUAUUCAAUCAGUAUAAAAAGAAAAGAAUUUAGCAAAGAUAAAAGUUACUUGUAAAGAAGAAUAAUUAGGAAAUCGAAUAUCAGAUUAAGCAAUUAAUGGAUAAUUAGAUGUUUAAUUUGAAAGAUUAUUAGAAAAGGAAAUUAUGGUUGAUUCUCUUCAAACUUUAGGUUAUUCAGAUAUGGUUCAUAUGAAGUAUUUAAAUGAGGCUGAAAUAAUCAAUAAUUUGAGAAAGCGAUAUUAAAAUAAUAUGAUUUUCACAUAUAUUGGACCAACUUUGGUAGUUAUGAAUCCAUAUAAAGAAAUAGAAGGAGUAUAAGAUAAUCAAGUAAUAGAUAAAAUAAAAUCUGAUCUAGGCAUAAAAUUUGAAGAGGAUUUCAAAAUGAAUAAUCUGAGCACCAACUAAAAUAUUAUAAACACACCUCAUACAUAUACUGUAAGCGGAUUAGCCUACAAAUAAAUGUUUAGCAAUAAGAAAAAUUAAGCAAUAGUUAUAUCAGGCGAAAGUGGAGCAGGUAAAACAGAAAAUGCUAAAUUAUCGAUGCAAUUUUUAACAAGUUUGAGUUCAGGGUCUGAUAAAUAAAAUGAUUUACUCAAUUAAUUAAAGACUCAAACAGCUAAGAAUAUUCUAUUAGAAGAGUUUAACUAAUUUGCAAUAGAAGUAAAAAUACUUGCUUGUAAUCCUAUUCUAGAAGCUUUUGGUAAUGCUAAAACAGUAAGAAAUAAUAAUUCCUCUAGAUUUGGUAAAUACGUAAAAAUCUACAUAGAUAAAACAUCUUAAAAGAUAAAUGGAGCCUCCAUUGAUAGCUACUUACUCGAAAAGAGCAGAAUACCUUGUCCAGGAAAGGGAGAGAGAAAUUAUCACAUUUUUUACCACAUGCUAAAAGGAAAUCAAGAACUAUCUAAUUUGAGAUUGAGUUAGUUCAAAAAUUUAUCUGAUUUUGAUUAUCUAAAGAAAAGUGACUGCUUUGAGGUUGAGAACAUUUAAGAUGCUAAACUCUAUUUGGAAGUAAAGAAGUCCUUCAGAUAAAUGAAUUUCUCUAACUAAGAGUAAGAAGCUAUAUUUUCUCUAAUAUCUGCGAUACUACUGUUAGGCAAUGCAAAUUUAGACUCAUCAAAAGCUAGCGACACUCAGGCUCCAACUUUUUUGAACAUGAGUUUACCGACACAUCAUAAAGAAUUCAAAAAUGCCUCUGAGUUACUCUAAGUUAAUCCUAAAGACCUUGAAGAGUCUUUAGUAUUUAAGGUAAGGAAAGUUGGAACUACAGUAAUUAAAUCUCCAUAAACUGCUGAAGAAUGCUUGUCUAUGAGAGACAGUCUAAGUAAAAAUCUAUAUGAUAGUCUUUUUAACUUUUUGGUUUGGAAGUUAAAUUAAAAUUUGUUGCCACCUUAAGAUUUGCUAAAUAAAUCAUUAAGCAUAGGCCUUUUAGAUAUAUUUGGUUUUGAGAGCUUUGAUAUAAACUCAUUUGAGCAGCUUUGCAUUAAUUUUACCAAUGAAAAAUUUUAGUAAUUGUAUGUUUAAUAUGUUUUCAAAAGCGAAGAAGAAGAUUAUAAAUAAGAAGGAAUUUUGGAUGUAUUUUCUGAUUUAUAAUAUUAAGAGAAUUAGCUCAUUAUUGAUACAAUUGAAAAAAAACCCAAUGGAAUCAUGGUGCUUUUAGAUGAAAAUUGCUCAUUGGGAUCAGGGACGGAUGAUUCUUUUUUAAAUUAAAUUACAAAAAACCACUCUAAAAAUCAACUUGUCAGCUUCCCUAAAAAAGAUAAAUAUUCUUUCAGCCUUAGUCAUACAGCAAAACAAGUUGUAUAUGAUGUGCGCGGAUUUAGAGAUAAAAAUAAAGAUGAAGUGAGUACCGAAGUAGAAAAAUGUCUUUAAAGUAGUAAAUGUCCAGUUAUUGCGAAUUUAUUAUCUUAUUAAGGGUCUUAAACUUAGUAGAAUAAAGAAACUUAAAAUCUUCAAAAUUUUGGAAAUAAUUUAAAUUUUAAAAAAGCUGAAAUUAGUAAUCAAAUGAACUCAAGUAAAAAGAAUGUAAAGUUUCUAGGCUAAAAAUUUAGAUAAUCUUUAUAGGAAUUAAUGAUAGAAUUGAAUAAUAGCGAUGUUCACUUCAUAAGAUGUAUAAAACCAAACGAAGAAAAGAAAAAGAAUUUUUUUAAGUAUGAUUAUGUUUAUUAGCAAGUACAGUAUUUAGGCAUACUUGAUUCCAUUAAAAUCCGCAAAGUUGGAUAUUCUUACAGAAUGACUUAUGAAAACUUUUUCUUAGAAUACCAAGAACUGGGAUAGAAAACAAAAGGAUUAACAUUGUAGAAGGUUUAGCAAUAAAAGUUAGAUUUAAAAUAAUUAAUUACAACAGAAAUAUUUGAAAAGACCAAUUUAUUGCAAAAUAAAUAACUUCCUUAGAAAUGUGUAGCAUUUGGAAAAACAAAAAUAUUUCUCAAAAAUGAAGUUAUGAAGAUUUUGCAUGAAAAAAUUUAAGAAAUUAUUUAAUAAAGAAAAAAAUAUGCAAAGCGAAUUAUUGUCUCAAUUUAAAAAUAUCUGUUUAGGAAAUACUUCCAUAAGAAUUUAAUGAAAAUAAAAAAUUAAUUAAUUAAAUUGCAAUCAUUUGCUAGAAUGGCUAUUUAAAGAUAAAAAUUCCUAAGGAAAAAGAAAUCAAUAUUAAAAAUGAAGAAGCUUAUUAGGCUAAGAAUGUUGGGAUAAGGAAUCUCUGCAUUUAGGUUAAACUAUAUCUCAUUUGUGUGGGAUUUGGUUUGUUUUAUGAUAUUUGAUAAAACAAAUAUUCAUAUUGCAUUUUAGUAAAUUAAAUAUUAUCGUAACCCAAAUAAAACUAAGCCUGUUGUUCAAAAUUAAACAUCUACAAUUUAGUAAAAUAAAUAGUAAAAUCAACAACCUUAAAAAAGCCAAAAUUAAGUUACUUCAUCAUUUUAAGUAAAUAAUUAAAUGAUGCAAUAAAAAUAAAGUCUUGUAGGCCAAUAAAUUUAAUCUAUUGUAAACGAGCUUAAUUUAGGUGAGAUAUAAAUUAAUAAAACCUAACAAGAUUUAAAAGACUUUAGAAAAUCAAAGAUUAUACCUUAAGUUAACUUGAAUCCAUCACAUAGUAGUAAGAGGGCCAGCAAUGCUUGGAGAUAAACCCUAAUUGCAAGUAGUAGUUAAAAUAAAAUUAAUAAAGAUUUGUAGCUAUCUGAAUUAGGAGAGUAGAAGCUGAUAAAUAUGAAAGAAACAACUGACUAAAAAGAAAAAAUUAAAUAUACUAAACCUCUGAUAUUAUAAUUUACAGAGUAUAACCCUGCUUAUUAGUAUGCAGAGUUUAAUAUGGAGAGUGCAAUAGAUUUAGAAGAUGUUCCUAAUAGUUUAGAUUUUGAGGGUGAAUUAAAUGAUUUGAUAAGUGAAGAAAUCAUUCAAUAAAUAAAAAAAAAUAACUUUUAUUCACACCUUUCUUUUAUUCUUGCAAAAAGAACAAAAUGGGGAAUCACACAAACUUAAGAGAAAAUAAUGAGGCACUAGCUUAAACCAAUUUCAAAUCCACUAACAAAUAUUGCUGAUUUGAAGAAUAUAAUCACCUAUGAAGACACAAAAGAUGCUGUUUAAUCAAUUAGGAGUAUUAUUCAAUAAAAUAAUUUAUAUAAUGACACAUCAACAUAGACUUAAAGACCAAUUAAUUAUGAAGAUGCUAGAACUGGAAAAUUAGAUAAGUAAGUAUCUAAAUAAAUUACUAACGAUUAAUCACAAAAAUUAGCAACUGUCUUUUCGAAAUAUUCUCUGAUGAACCCAAGAAAAGCUAGUGUUAGAGACACAAACUCACUUGAACAAAUUGUCCUAUAAUAAAGAAAACUUACAAAAUUAAUUUAGUAUAAAAAAUUUUCUCCUUCAGAAAAAGCUAUUAACAUAUUUAAAACUCUCUUAAAGUGCACAGGAGAAAGAAAAUCCCGAUAUAACAGACACAACAAUAUCAUAAAGCUUCUUACCCUUUGUAACGAAGAGUCAAUCGACCUAAAAGAAGAAGUUUACGUUUAAUUAUGCAAAUAAUUAAGUGCAAAUGAUAAAAAGGAGUCAAGAAUAAAAUAUUUAAAGCUGUUUGCUAUUAUAAGCAGCAUACUGCCAACAACCAGUAGAUUUUAUUAUCCUUUACUUCACUUUUUAUAUAUGAGAAAUACAGAUACUCAAAUAGAAUAGGAUGAGAGAAAAUGGUACUAAUACUGUUUUCAAAGAAUUUAUAAAAGUGAGUAAAUACAAAGAGGAUGCAUCCCAACUGAUACUGAAAUUGUAAUGAUUGAGAAUAAGAAACAAAUUUUGAUUAGAGUUUAUCUUCUAAAUGAAAUCCCAAUUACUGUAGGAGUAGAAAGCUAUACUAGUGUGAAGAUGCUUAAGCAGGAGCUACUUUAGAAAAUAGGUAUAACCUAAAGACAUGAAUAUUAUGGCCUUAUGGAAGUAAGAAACAAUAUUAAGAAAAAGAGAAAAGAAACGAGAUUUAUAGAUGAAAGUGAGAGAGUAAUGGAUGUGAUAGCUUUUUGGGAAAAUGAGUAGUAUUUAUUUGGAUCUCAAUUAAAUUCUUCUUUCAUACAUAGCAACUCAAAAUAAAAUGAUGAAGGUAUUGAGCAAUUCAACCUUUAAAAUUAUUAGGAUCUUGAAGGACUUAAAAUUUACCUUGGAAUCAGAAUACUUUUUUCAUUUUAAGAAAACGAUAAAGAAGCAAUAAGCGUUUUCUACACUUAGCUAUCUUCAGAAGUACUUGAAGGAAAGUAUGCACCUUUGGAGGAAAAAGAUUACUUGAAUUUGGCUGCUUUAUAACUGUGCAUAGAUUUUCCAAGAGACGUCAUUUUAAAAGAAAUAUCUAAAAGAUAGAGUAUCAAUGCAGAUAGUGGGUCUCCAUAAAGAACAUAGAGUAAUUUUUUGAGUGCUACUAGCUAAAGUGAAAGCGGUGCAUCACAGCUUAAAAAGCUUUCUUAUUAAGAUAUUGAACAGAUUGAUGAAUAAGAUGAAUACGAACAAUUCAUAUAAAAUAGAAAUGAAAUUUUAAUUGAUCCGGUUUUUUACAUACCAGCUAAAAUGUAUUUCUAAAAAGAUAUUCAGUAAUGGUAACACUUAAUACUAUAGAAUUUGGUUGAUAAUAGACUUUUAAAGAAAGAGUACACUCCAUCUUAAGCAAAGUUAGCCUACAUACUUUAUCUUAGUAAGUAAGAUUUGUUUAUGAGUACAAUAUUUAGAGAUGUAAAAUACCAAAGAAUCAAAAUUAAAACACUAAAUGACACACUUUCUUCUAAAGAAAAAUAUGAGCAAAUGAUUUAAUAAAAUUAACAAAUUCCCAUUAAAGACGAGAUACUUUUAGCAAUAAACCCAUCUAAUAUUCUGAUGUGCGAUUCUAUAGGUUUAAAUAGACCAAAAAGAAGAGUGCAAAUUAAAAAUAUCUAAAAAUUUUGCUGCACUGAGAAGGAAGUUAUAGUAAUAUCUCAUGAUAAUACAAAACAUAUUUUUGAAACUCCCCAAUACUGUAGAGAAAUAGCUUUCUUAAUUCGCUCUUACUUGAGAAUAUUUUAUUAAAAAUAAUAGUAACAACAAUAAUAAGAAAAAAGUCAAUGA